GCAAUUGUUGAUACCAGAGCAAUGACGCCCAUUACACGCGAUGAAUGGGCUCUGGAAGGCAUUGACACGGCGUAAUACAUCAGUGUCGCCGUUGAGGCCAUUUUCACCAUUUAACGGAGCAUUUAAAUUGAGAGCGCCGGCUGUGUUUCCCCAAAGCCGAACUCUUUACCUUGCGCCGCCUUUCCUGCUGGAUGAAUAUCUUCCCAGGUACCAAUUAUUAUCAUCUAUAGAUGCUGCUAAAAAGCGGUCUGAAGCAUAUGCACACCUGCGGAACUGCAAUCUCUGCCCGCGUCUUUGUGGAGUAAACCGUUAUGAAAAGACUGGAGUUUGCUUGAUUGGUGCUGAGACAGCCAAGGUCAAUGUAAUCGCGCCUCAUUUUGGAGAAGAACCAUGUAUCCAAGGCCAUAAUGGGUCCGGCUCAGUGUUCUUCUCGGGAUGCAAUUUACGUUGCGUCUUUUGCCAAAAUCACGACAUUGCGCAUCAGCGUAAUGGGCAGGAUUUAACCCCUGAAGAGCUCGCUGAGUGGUACAUGAAGCUACAGGAUGUGGGUGGAGCGCAUAAUAUUAAUCUCAUAACGCCGGAACAUGUUGUGCCGCAGGUUGUCCUGUCUAUUCUUCACGCCCGAGACCUUGGCUUGAAGAUACCCAUCAUCUACAACACUUCUGCGUUUGAUUCGCUUACGUCGAUAAAGCUGUUGGAUGGACUGGUUGAUAUAUACCUUCCGGACUUCAAAGUUUGGAGCAACAGCACUUCAAAGCGGUUACUCAAGGCUGACGACUACGCGAAGACGGCCAUGGAAAGCAUUAAAGCGAUGCAUGAUCAAGUGGGCGACCUUUCCUUCACCGCGGACGGAAUCGCGAAGAAGGGCGUGCUUGUUCGUCAUCUAGUCAUGCCUGGAAAGGAGGAAGAGGGUGAGCAAAUCGUCCGGUGGCUAGCAGAUAAUGUGUCGAAAGACCUGUAUAUCCAUAUCAUGGAACAAUAUCACCCUGAUGCACAUGUCGGGAAGCCAAAGCGACAAACGAGUGCUUCGGAACCGGAUACCAGUUCUACUGAAGGAGGACCAUUGCCCAGCUCUAAGGACAAGGCUGGCAGUGUACGAUAUGCCGAUAUUAAUAGGCCGAUCUCUGAACAGGAAUUAUCUAGCGUUAGGAAAGCGGCUGAAAAUGCUGGACUAUGGAGGUUCUGUGAUGCAGCUGACCACGGAGGCUUCAAUAUCUAAAUCCGAUUCCAGAAAUGUAGAAGAAGGCCAUCACGGGAUAUAUUCUAUGCACAAUUUCACCGAUUCUCGUUUUUCGCUACAAUAGUACAUAUCUUAUUUGAUAAUAGACAUUCAUAUUUCAGUCAUGUAGCGUAGCGUCUCAGCGGCGAUGUGACGAUUUCGGGGCUG